AUGGGCUGGGACGGCCUCGUGUGCUACGCGACCUCGUGCUUUGGCGACGCCCGCCUGGACGGCGCACGCGCCGCCGACCGCCACGCGUGUCCGCAGCGCUUCAAGCUCAAGACGCUGCACGUCCACGUCGACAAUCAACGCAGCCGCCUACGCCUCGAGUCGACCAACUGCAAGCUCGCGUGCUUGCCCGCAGGCUUGAUCAAGAAGAUUGUGUUUCUCUUCUUGCGCGGCCGGGCCGAGGCCAGCGUCCGCCCACCGACGCCGGCGCCGACCGACAAUACGUCCGCGUACGCGAGCCCGCCCAUGACGAACGAGUCGGCGAUCCCCAUGCUCUCGAACGACAUGAUCUCUAUCGCAUCGUCCUCGUCAUCGAUUGCAUCACGAACAUCCGUGUCCAUGAACGAAGCGUACGCAUAUGCCCGCGGGUGCCAGCUCGCCGAGUCGAGCGAUCCGCUCGAAGCCAGCGGCGCGUCGUCGUCCUCGGUCGCGUCGUCCAUCUCGGCGCCGCCCAUGGACUUGGACUUGAACAUCCUCCAGGACACGUAUGCUAUUACGUUCAAGAAGGCGUCGACGGGCCGCGAAGAAGUCGAGAUCAAGCUCUUCAUGGUCAACGCUGCGCGCGCCAGCCACGAGCACAUGAAGAUCGUGCACGUGCUCUUGCGAGACAACCUCUGGGUCGAUGUGGUCGUCGUCGACGAGCUCGGUGGCGCCAAGCAUUUCAGCGCCGGCUUUGCAAUCGACGAAGCAUCAACCGUGUUCCAGCUGGACGCAUGCCCCUCGUGUGGCCUUGCCUUUCGCUGCAGCUGCAACGAGUCGCCGACGAAUCCACAAACGAUCUGGAAGCGCGAAGAGGACGUCCGGCUCGAUGAGCUCGUCGUCAAGCGCGAUCCGCCCGCGCUCACCAUGGCGUACGACCACUGGCAACAUACGUGCUCGAGCGUCUGCGAAGAGGUCGUGCCAAGCCUCCAGCUGCGGCUUGUGCCCGCGUCCUCUGCUUUGCCAACGGAAUUUGAGCUCGCCAUCUCGUCCAGCAAGACGGUCAAAGACCUCGCCGAGGCCAUCUACACUAUGUAUUGCAUCUCGGUGUGUCAUGGCGAGCUCAAGUGGCACGUGACGCGCCGGUACCGCGACUUUUGCGACCUCCAAUCGCAGCUCUCGAGCGACUUGUCGAUGGUGCUGCCGUCACUGCCCCCGAAAACCUGGCUGCCAAGCGUCGACGAAGCGUUUGUCUUGGAGCGUCAGCUCGCGCUCGAGAGCUUCUUGCGGCAGCUUUUGCCCAUGCCAGGGGUCAUGGAGUCGCCCCGGUUCCUCUCAUUCCUUGGCGCGGUGUCGACCACGUCGCUCGAGCACGAGCGCGCCUCGGGCAUUCCGCGGGACGUGGUGCAUUUGCGCAUUUUGCAUCGGUUCGUCGCGGUUGGGGACUUAGUGCUUUUUCGAUCCAAGAACUCGAUGAGCGGAGUCCAGCGCUCGGUGACGGGGGCCGAGUGGGACCAUGUGGGCAUCGUUGUCGAGGUGCCUCAUUCGCGCCACCGACUCAUGCUGUUGGAAGCGACCGGCGACGGCGUCACCAUCUUCCCGCUCGUGCCGCGCAUUUUAGCGUACACGUCCUGCUUUACAAAGUACAUGGCGCUCCGCAAGUUGUCGCUGCCACCGACGAUGGACUUGACGGACGUCGCUGCACAGCUCGCUGCGUUUGCCAAUCAGCCGUACGUGAUGACACUUGGCAAGCUCGUCAAGCAAGAAGAGACAAAUGCGACGCUGUCGGGCUUUUUCUGCUCGGAAUUGAUUGCGGCCGCGCUCAAGCACGUGGGGCUUCUGGAUACGGACUUGGCGGCCGCCAACUUUUGGCCGGGCUGCUUUGCGAGCGGCGGUCAAGUCGACAAGGCGCUGGCGCGGACCGGUGCGUCGUACGGCCCCGAAGUGGUCAUCGACUGCCGCGUCCUCGAGAUUGCAAUGACCCACCGGUCCGAGCACGGCACGACGGGCACAGUUAUCCACAGCGACUCGUCGAAACCCUAA